GAACUGCAAUCCAUAAUCCAUAACCCGAAACCAAACAUUCUGGCACAAUCAUUGACUUUUUGAUAUAUACUCCUUCAAUGAGAAGAACCUGACUUUUACCGCUGCGCUGUGUCGCAAGAAUGUCUCGAAUCGGACGAAAUACUGGAGGGUUGACUUCAAAACCCGGCUGGAUUGGUGCAGUAGCACGUUUCUGGGAGAAAAGCUAUGCGCCAGACUAUGUUGGCUUUGUAUUGCUGUUGACAGCAUACGUUUUGAUCGAAUUUCUUCAAGAGCCAUUCCACCGCAUGUUUUUUAUCAACAACAUCAAUAUUCAAUAUCCACAUGCUUUGGUAGAAAGGGUGCCCGUUGGGUGGAACUUGAUAUAUGCAGGAGUUAUUCCAUGCAUAACCUUGGCCAUUUGGCUUGGAAUCUCGAGAGCGAACCUCCACAAAUGCCAUGUUACCAUUUUGGGAUUCUUUAUAGGACUGGUUCUCACAUCAUUCAUUACUGAUGUUAUUAAAAAUGCUGUUGGGAGACCUCGACCCGAUCUUAUUUCUCGCUGCAAGCCUACGCCUGAAACGCCUGAAAAUAAGUUAGUCACCAUUCAUGUAUGCACGGAAACAGAUCACCAUACAUUGCAUGAUGGAUGGAGAAGUUUCCCUUCUGGUCAUUCUUCCUUUGCAUUUGCUGGACUUGGAUACCUCGCAUUUUUCUUUGCUGGACAAACACAUGUGUUCAGGCCUAGAACCGAUCUCGGGAGGGUACUCUUAGCCCUCGCCCCAUUGCUUGGAGCUGCCAUGAUUGCGAUUAGUCGAUGUGAAGAUUACCGUCACGAUGUGUAUGAUGUUACAUGUGGAUCUAUUCUUGGAAUUUCUCUAGCAUAUUUCUCAUAUAGAAGGUAUUUUCCAAGGCUGCAUUCCUCUAAAUGUCACGAGCCUUACCCGUCACGAGAAGCUGCAUUCAAUCAAGGGUUUGGAAAGAUUAAGAACGAUGAAGAGACAGAAGUGGGCAGGGCUAGAGAGUUUGAUGUAUCUGACAACGAGAGUGACGCAUCUUAAGUUUAUGAAAAACAACUGGCAUUAUGAGCCCAUUGUGUAGAUCAAGCCUCGUUUCUAUGUGUAUGAGUCUCUCAGUCACUCUAAAUUCAUUUGCAGUUUACCGCAUUUGGGAAAAAUGGCUAGCUUUAGCUCUCUUUGUGUGUAUGGACCAAUUCUUCGAGAAAACUCGUGGAAACCUUUGUGACCAUUAUAAUGGUAGUUGCCCUUUGUUUCAUAAAUUUAAAUUUCGCGGGAAAUUACUUGUUUCUUUGCUAUAGCUGUUCA